AUGUCUCAACUGCAGGAAGAGGCCCACAAUGCAUCAGUGCUAGACGUAACAGCAAUGAUGCCCACCUCAAAUCGCGAAAUAUACCUCACAAAUAUUGAAAAAUUUAAUCACUUGCUGAACUGCCUUACUGGUCAAGCUCUAGAGACAGUACAGGCAUUUCCUAUUUCGAAUGAAAACUAUCCAAAGGCUCUGGAUAGGCUUAAAUCGCGCUAUGACAAUAAUAGCCUAAUCUUCGCCGAAAAUAUCGCGACACUAUUUGAUCUACCAGCAGUAUCGGGUCAGUCAAGCCAACAACUCCGUAGUCUGGUAAACAAUGCAUCCGCUUUGUAUGGUUCACUCUGUUCGCUAGGUACAGAGAAACAAAUAUGUGAGGCUCUACUUAUCUCGUUAAUCAUGCAAAAAACGGACGCAAUUACACGUAGGAAAUGGAAUGAAUCGCGUAACUUUGACACAUUACCCAGUUGGGAAGAUUGCUCAAAAUUGUUGGAUAGACAUUGCCAGUUUCUCGAAUCACUUGACAGUGGAAACGGCAAUCAGUCAUCAUCACAACGUAAACCUAAUAGUCUUAACUCCAAGACUAACAGACGCUCAAAACAAUACGCAUUUGUUGCAUCUACAUCUAGCAAUUCUUGCUCAUUUUGUUCUAGCAAUGAACACCUAAUACAGAAUUGUCAUCGUUUUAAGGCACUGGAGGUGGUUCAAAGGUUUGAAAAGGUGAAGAGCCUAAAACUCUGCAUAAACUGCUUAUCGCCACGCCAUCAUGUGGUUAAUUGUACAUCAACGUUUAAAUGUAAGGUUUGCGCAAAGCCACAUCACACUCUCUUGCAUCAUUCGCAAUUGCCAACGAAUAUUAAGAGCGCGGGAUCAUCACGACGCACAGAACACGCUGCUAUGCCCAACGACAACGUUGCCAGCCAUUCCCAUCUUAAUAUGUCAUCGGCCGAGCAAAUAAUUCUUGCCACGGCAUUGGUUUUAGUGAAGGAUUCAUCGGGAAGUUAUCAAGUGGGUAGAGCCUUACUUGAUUCAUGCUCUCAGGUCAACUUCAUAACGGAGGAGUUUUCAAAGAAGCUUAGUUUAGCAAAACAUAAACAUCGGUUGCAUGUUUCCAGUAUUGGUAGUUCGUUGACCAACAUUAAGUAUCAGACGCUCACAUCAAUCAAAUCUCGUCAUUCAAAUUUUGAACUUGCUUUAAACUUUGGUAUUACGAAUCACAUCGCAUAUCAACCAAGUUCUGAAAUCGAUAUAUCGUCGUGGAAGGUUCCACCAAAUACACCUCUCGCCGAUGAGCAAUUCUUUAAAUCCAAGCGCGUUGAUCUUUUGCUUGGAGCUGAAAGAUGGAUUGUAUCUGGCAAGUACAAGGGUCAGCCAUUUGCAUCACCAGCAGCAAAAUGCCUAUUAUCAGUUGAAGAUACAGUCUCCGAUCAAUUAGAAAUGAUGUGGAAGAUAGAGGAAGUGCAAUCGGCUUCAAAAUCAUGGUCACCAGCACAUGUUGCGUGUGAGUCAUUAUAUCGUGAAACGGUUCACCAAAAUGCGAUGGGAAGAAUUGUCGUUCGGUUACCAUUCAAAGAUUCACCAGAUUGUCUUGGUUUGACACACAAUAUCGCCUUGCGCCGUUUUUAUUCUGUAGAACGGCGAUUGUCAUCUAAUCGUGCACUGAAGCAAGACUAUCAAGAAUUCAUGAAACAAUAUCGAGAGCUCGGACACAUGACGCGUGUUGAGACUCCGAAACCCAACGAACCUCAUUAUUAUAUCCCUCAUCAUUGUGUUUUAAAACCGUCGAGCACUUCGACCAAGCUGAGGGUGGUUUUUGAUGCGUCAUGUCCAACAACUUCGCAACGUUCAUUAAAUGAUAUUCUACUGGUCGGCCCGACAAUUCAGUCGGAGUUAUAUUUGUUGCUACUUCAAUUUCGUUUGCACCGAUAUGCCUUGACGGCUGACAUUGUUAAGAUGUACCGACAGAUACUGAUAGAUGAACCAGAUCGAAAAUUCCAAUAUAUUUUUUGGCGAGAUACGGAGUCCGAUCCUGUUAGUACUUACGAGUUGAAUACAGUCACUUAUGGUACUGCAUCAGCACCUUUCCUAGCAACCAGGAGUUUGCAGUAUUUGGCGGACAAAUUUGAAACACAAUACCCAAUAGGCGCUGCACUCAUUAAAUCAUCGUUUUUUGUCGACGACUUCUUAGGUGGAGCAGAUUCCAUUGAUCAACUCACCAAUAUCAGACAUCAGUUAACGGCCAUUCUACAGAAGGGUUGCUUCGAUCUUGACAAAUGGCAUUCAAACCAUCAUGACUUCAUCAGCGAUACUACAACAAAGAGUUUGAAUCUUGAUACAGAUACAGUCACCAGCGCUCUAGGCAUCAAGUGGCACCAAAUGCAAGAUGUUUUCCUAUUUUCGUUUAAUGCACAACCAGGUCAUAUUGUAACAAAACGCACCAUCUUAUCCCUUGCGUCUUCAUUAUUCGACCCGCUUGGAUUACUAGCACCGAUCAUACUCGUAGCCAAAAUUAUGAUGCAAGAAUUGUGGCUUUUGCGUGUGGAUUGGGACGAGUCAGUCCCUCAAAAUCUUCACUCAGCUUGGAAAACAUUUAUUCAAGAUCUUACAACGCUUUCAUCGGUUAAGGUGCCGAGGUACUGCCUAUCCAUAAACUAUCAACAGGUUGAUGUACACGGUUUCUGUGACGCUUCAAUACGCGCAUAUGGUUGCUGUAUAUUUCUCCGAUCACAAAACACAUCAG